AUGACCACCACCACUACUAAACGUAUACAUACAGCAGAGGUAAAACUGGUUUUGCUAGGCGAGUCUUCGGUAGGCAAAUCGGCUCUAAUUACACGCUACACUACAGGAACUUUCCGUAGAAACAACGCAACUAUUGGCGCUGCGUUCACAACAAAGACCGUUGCAUGGGAAGAUGGCUCUGACCGUUGGCAAGUAAAAUUCGAAAUAUGGGACACAGCUGGUCAGGAACGAUAUCGGUCUUUGGCACCCAUGUAUUACCGCAAAACCGAUGUGGCGCUUGUGGUUUUCGAUGUCGCUGAAGAAUACACUCGUACCAAGGCUGGGACUUGGAUCGAAGAGCUUCAAUCGUACAUGCAUGACCGUGACGAAUCAAACCCCAUUCUGAUAAAACUAGUUGGCAAUAAAAUAGAUUUACUGGACACACAGCCGUCUUCAGCCAUAGACUGGGUACCAGUAAGCGCCAAAACUGGGUCUGGAGUCUCAGAGCUCUUUGAGUCCGUGGCCAAAGGUGUUCCUGCGUCGAAAUUCACCUCUUCUGAUCCUUCCACAGCAGCACUUGUCGACUUGGAAUCACGGCAGAAUAAAACUACGAGUUGCGGAUGCUAA